UGGCCAAUGUGGGCCCUGGGCUCUGGCCUGGGGGCAUAUAAGGGGGGCCUGGGGCAACAGACCCCUCAUAUCACUCAGAGGUCUCCUCUCUCACACCCCAUUCCUCUGCCCUCCUUCUUUGCGCCCUCUCUUCUACAAGCCAUGGACGUCUUCUCGCCAUCCCAGGUCUACUACGACAGAGCGUGCCCGUCGCCUCCAGACAGCCUGGACUUCGGCCCCGGCAUGGAGCUCGACGGCUCCGAGGAGGACGAGCACGUCAGGGUUCCCGGGGCCCCUCACCAGCCGGGACACUGUCUCCAGUGGGCUUGCAAGGCCUGCAAGCGCAAGUCCAACUUUGUGGACCGCAGACGGGCUGCCACCAUGCGCGAGCGCCGGCGACUGAAGAAGGUCAACCACGCUUUCGAGGCUCUGAGGCGCUGCACCUCGGCCAACCCCAGCCAGCGCCUGCCCAAGGUGGAGAUCCUGCGCAACGCCAUCCAGUACAUCGAGAGCCUGCAGGACCUGCUGCGAGAGCAGGUGGAGAACUACUACGGCCUUCCUGGAGAGAGCAGCUCGGAGCCCGGCAGCCCGCUGUCCAGCUGCUCUGACGGCAUGGUUGACAGCAACAGUCCAGUGUGGCAACAGCUGAAUACAAACUACAGCAGCAGUUAUUCGUAUGUGAAGAACGACACUUUGGGCGAUAAGGCAGCCGGAGCCUCCAGUCUCGAGUGUCUCUCCAGCAUCGUGGACCGCCUGUCCUCGGCGGAGACCAGCUGCGGGCAGCCGCCUCUGAGAGACUCGGCCACCUUCUCCCCCGGCAGCUCCGACUCGCAGCCCUGCACGCCGGAGAGUCCCGGAUCCCGGCCCGUCUACCACGUCCUGUGAACGGAAGCUCGGAUGUUUUGCCUCAGGCUGCAUUCGCGACAAGAGAUAAGAACUAGUUUGUGCAAAUCUGAGGGAGCUGUGGCCGGAAGCUUUUAUAUUGUACAUGAGAUUGUAAAUAAUGUAAAUGCUCAUUUAUUCUAUACAUGCUAUUAUACCCAGUGAGACAUAUUUAAUUAUGACAGUUAAUGUAAUGUUGCUUUUUUUUUCUCCGCCCCCCCCGACAUGAAGUGGUAUUUAAGCAGUUUGGAUUUCUUACUUUCCGUGUUGU